AUGAUGCCUGAUCCUAGGCUUUCCCUGAAUGGCAACCCUUCUGCUAAGAUAGGGGGCGAGGUGAUGGCUCUCGAUUUAGGCUCGCUAGUAGAUUUUCAUUUAUGCUUAAGACACACAUUGCUCUCGGUCCUCUCAGACCUCGAGCCGAUAUCCUCCACCCGAACUGGAGCAGAAUCACUUUGGUCGAGUGUUGCUCAACAAUCAUAG